AUGGCCGAAAUCUACCGUCGUGCUCAGGAAGUAAUUGUCUGGCUUGGACCCGCUGACGAAGAUGCUCUUAUGUGCCGCGCGCUGUAUGAGCGUCUCGCCAGGCCUAUUCUGCAGCUGAGCGACGAUGAAGAACUCGCCGGGCGCAAACCACCGGCUCAGGUAACGGACCUCGAUCCAGGCGAUGCUCGAUUAUGGAGUUUGCUGCGCUCUGCGCCGCUAGACCCGGCAAAGAGGUCCUGGCAAGCGCACAUCAAUUUCCACCGGCGGUCAUGGUUCUGGCGAGUGUGGGUGGUCCAAGAAUUCGCAUUCGCAUCCAGAAUGACCAUCUUAUGCGGACAUCUAACGUUCCCGGAACGCUACAUUCCGCGUUCUAAACAACUGUCUGGUCUUCGACACGCGAUGCAAAGGGACGGGACUCCUUUCGACGAACAGGCAUCCCGAUGGAUGAGUCUCGUCUACGGCACGACGUCGGCCGAAGCUUGGAUUGCCUACGUGAUAUAUCUUGCUAAAUCGUCCAGAAAGGAGGUCAGGAAUCCGAAAGACAUCAUUUUUGGCUUUAUCGGCAUGGUACCGUACAUCACGCAAAUGCAGGGAGGAAAGGAGACUCACACCAAAGACUUGUUUGACAUCCACUAUACCAUGGAUCUAGAUCGGCUCUACGCACAUUUCACGGCACAGAUCCUGCUGAAGGUCCCACAUCUGGCUAUUCUCUCCCUGACAUCUCCCGAUGCAGCAUCUGGCCAUGACCGGCUUAGUCGAACAUGGAUCCCGGACCUGCGUUUCCCAAACGCUCGUGUCUCUACAGUCCUUUGAAAUCAACGGCCAAUGCCUAUACGAUGCUGCCGCAGCGACAGGACACCUGGGUAAAGACUAUCAGCAACAUCGAAAGUUCGACCGCCAAGGGUUGA